AUGGAUGUGCUCAAGUUGGAAGGGACAGAAAUGAUAAAUAGAACCCAAACUAUCCUGGCCAUUCAAGUUUGUGUUCCAUUUCAGCGCAUUGAUUCCAAAGGCAUUUGGUUAAAAGACAAUCCUUUAGAUUUUCCAUAUCCUCUAAUGUUGUUCCAAAUUAUCCUCCUUGUUCUCAUCUCUCGAGCGCUUUAUUGUUUGCUAAGACCUUUGGGACAAACCAAAUUUGUCUGCAAUCUCCUGGGUGGCAUCAUCUUGGGGCCUUCCGUGUUAGGGCACAACAAGGCAUUAAGGGACAAACUGAUGUUCGGAGGAAAAGAGGUUGGAUUGUCAGACACUAUUGCUCGUGUCGGCGUAAUAUACUCGGUAUUCUUAAUUUCAGUGAAAUAUGACAUGGCGACGUUCAAAAUGAAGGCGAAGAAUGGCUGGAAGAUUAGUUUGGUGGGAUUUCUCUUUCCAUCUGCAGUCACCUCAAGCUUGGUUUACACGAUCGCCAGCACCAUUUCCGGACUCACUGGAGGAACAUUCUUCCUUUUAGCUCUUACAUUUUCUUUAUCUUUCUCAUAUUUCCCUGUCGUAGCUGAGGCCUUGGAUGAGCUCAACCUCAUGACUUCUGAGUUGGGCCAACUUGCCAUGUCAUCUGCCACCAUCAACGACAUAAUCCAAUGGAUCUUCACGGUGGUGCAUCUCAUAGUUAUUCAACAAAGUAUAAACGACGGAGCUAAGACUUUGGUUAGCUUAUCGGCAUUGAUAUUAUUCACUGUUUUUGUCAUACGGCCGGUUAUAAAAUGGAUCGUCAAGAGAACACCAGAAGGACAAGAAGUAAAGGACGGCUAUGUGAUUGCGAUGCAAGUUAUGCCUCUUGUUAUGGCCUUCCUCUCUGACAUCAUAGGCAUGAGGCCUGAAGCUGGGCCUAUCCUUUUGGGGUUUGUCGUUCCAAAUGGACCGCCUCUUGGUGCAGCACUUGUACAAAAGACCGAAUUCAUGGUCUCCGAAAUUUUUCUGCCCUUGUUCUUUUUCCGGGUUGGCUUGACCGUAAACGUCUACUCUGUGGACGAUUGGUCGAGUUUUAGAAAACUUCAGCUUAUACUUACCAUGUCGUAUGUUGUGAAGAUUAUCGCAGUUACGGUGAUUGCGUUGUGCUGCAAAAUUAGAUUAAGAAAUGCUCUCUUCCUCAGCAUGAUGAUGAGUAUGAAGGGCCUAAUAGAGCUUAUCGUUUACGAUGCAUGGAAGGCUGUUAAGGCCAUAGAUGAGCAAUGUUUCACUCAUAUCGUGUUGUCUGCUCUUGUGAUGACCAUGAUCGCAUCGCCAAUGGUACGGUUCUUGUACACCCCUCCCAGAGCAUCGGAAACCAUACUUUCCCGAAUCAGAAACAUCCAAUCAAUGCCAAGCAACUCAGACAUGUUCCGCAUUCUUUGUUGCUUCCACAACGAAGAGAGUAUCCCCAACAUCACCUCCCUCCUCGAAGCCUCAAACCCGACACCAUCAAGCCCCAUUUACGCCUACGUUGUCCACGCAGUCGAGCUGGUUGGCCGCGCUGUACCCCGACUAGUCCCCUUCAACACUGAAAAACAGAACGCCCGCAAAAACUCAGCCACCCGUCAAAUGGUUCAAGCAUUCGAUAACUACUUGAAAAUCUCCAGCGGGCCGGUCAUAAUCCAAGCAUACACUAUGAUGGCGCCGUAUAAAUGUAUGCACGAGAGCCUUUUUCGCCUGGCUGAUGACAAGUUUGUGCCUCUGAUCAUCAUACCAUUUCAUGAAAACCAUCCGGGAGUUGUUGGACCAAGUAUGGUCGCCGCGAUACGACACUUCAACGCCAAUGUGCAAUUAUAUUCCCGGUGUACGGUCGGGAUCCUAGUCGACAGAGGCAUGUCUUGUCCGCUGAGCUCAGUCCACUUCUCUUGCAAUGUAGCUCUGUUUUUUAUUGGGGGAGCAGACGACCGCGAGGCGUUAGCCUUCGCGGCACGCAUGUCUGGCAAUCCAAACGUCGGAAUGACGGUGUUCAGGAUAGCUUUGAGGAGUAAAUUGAAAGAGCGGAAUGAGGAGGAGCAGGUGGAUGCAAAGCUGGACGAGUCGUUGGUGGAUGAGUUCAUGCUAAGGAAUAUUGGGAAUGACCGGUUGGACUGGCGGGAGAUUGAGGUGGAUGACGGCGUGCAGCUUAUGGAUGCGGUUAUGAACUUGCAGGGGGGUUAUGAUCUUGUUAUGGUGGGGCGGCGGCAUGCGGAUAUGACGUUGAGGGACGAGGAAAUGUCGGAGUUUGUGGAGAAUGCAGAGCUGGGAGUGAUUGGUGACAUUGUUGCUUCCUCGGAUUUUUGUGGCGGGCAGGUGAAUGUGUUGGUGAUACAAGAAAGCAGGGAAUUAGGAUAUGGAGCUUUUCGCGGUGGAGUUUGA